ACAACAAACAAACAAACAAAAAUCAAUCUUAACAACGUUUUCAACGAUAGAAAAAAAAACAAAAAAAUAAAUCCGUUAUUAUGAAAAUGGAUGAUCACGUAUUUCCGGCUACAUUGGCCAACAAUAAAGUUAUUCAAGAUUCAUUGCCAAGAUGUAGCGGAUGUGAAGGUAUUAUAUUUGAUCGUUUUAUAUUGAAACUUGGUCAUGAAGAAAAUGAACGACAUACUUGUUGGCAUUCAGGUUGUUUAGUUUGUUCGGAAUGUAAUAUAAAUUUAUCUGUAAAAUGUUAUAUGAAAAAUGGUCAACCAUAUUGUAAAGAUGAUUUUUAUAAACGUUUUGCUAAAACAAGAUGUGCAAAUUGUGAACUUGGUAUUGCACCAACAUCAAUUGUUCGUCGUGCACAAGAUAAUGUUUAUCAUUUACAAUGUUUUAAUUGUAUACUAUGUAAACGUGCAUUGAAUACAGGCGAUGAAUUCUAUCUGAUGGAAGAUAAUAAACUUGUCUGUAAAUCCGAUUAUGAAUCAGCUAAACAAAGAGAAUCAUCAUCAAAACGACCACGUACAACAAUAACAGCCAAACAAUUGGAAACACUUAAAUUAGCAUAUAAUAGUUCACCAAAACCAGCUAGACAGAUACGUGAACAAUUAAGUCAUGAUACUGGUUUAGAUAUGCGUGUUGUACAGGUUUGGUUCCAAAAUCGUCGUGCAAAAGAAAAACGAUUGAAAAAAGAUUCACAUUCAAAAUCACCAACAACAUCAACAACAACAACAUCAUCGAAUAUGAUAAUAAAUAAUAAUCAUAAUGGUAAUGGUUCACAUACAAGUCCACAUCCAUCAUCACCAUCAAGUUCACGUUGGUCAUCAAAUGGUUGUUUAAAUGGUUUAUCAUCAUUAGAUACAAUGCCAGCAAGUAAUGCAUCAUCAACAUUAUUAGCAAAUGAAACAUCAACAUCAUGUUCAUCAUGGUUUGAUGAUGCAAUUAUUGAUGAUGAUGAUGAUGAUGAUGAUGAUGCUAUUAUACAUAGUCGUAUUGAUGGUGAUAGUGAUCUAAAUGAAAUGGAUGAUGAUGAUGAUGAUUCAGUUGAUCCGGAUGAUGAUCUCGAUGAUGAUGAUGAUAGAAUUGUUAAUCAUAAUGUUUAUACAACACAUUAAUUUGAAUUUCAAAAAGAUCUUUUCUUUCCUUCAUUCUUCCAAAUCAAGAUUUUUCAAUUAUAAAAAACAUUCUUUCUUUCUUUCUGAUUUUUGUGCAAAAAA